UUCCAAAUAAUAAAGUUACUAUUUUAUAGCAGAAUCGGUCAUAAUUGAAUAGUCAACUGAUAAAAGAUUUUACUGUCUUUUUUUAAAGUUUUUUUUUUUUAUUUAUUUAUUUUUGUGUGUGAUUGUUUUGCCUGCAUGUAUGUCUGCGCACUGUCUGCUUUCCUGGCUUCCAGGACUGUGAGCUACUCUGUGGGUGCUGGGAACUCAACCUGGGUCCUCUGCAAGAGCAACACAUGCUACUAACCCCUGAGCUGUCUUUUUAGUGCCCUCUUGCUCUCCUCCUCUCCUCUCCUCUCCUCUCCUCUCCUCUCCUCUCCUCUCCUCUCCUCUCCUCUUCCCUCCCUCCCUCCCUCCCUCCCUCCCUCUUUCCUUCCUUCCUCCCUCCCUCCCUCCCUCCCUCCCUCCCUCCCUCCCUCCCUCCCUCCCCUUCCCCAGAGGUGAGGACUGAACCCUUGUGCUUUCUAGGCAAGGCCCCACCACUGGGCUCAGUCCCUGAGCUGCCUGUCUUCUUUCUUAUUAGCACAGACUCACACAUUUCUGCCUGCCAACCCUCACUGAAGAGCUUUGGUUGGCAGGUCCCAUUGGAAUGUGGUAGUCAGAGUGAGGCAAGAUGUGACACAGAGAACAGUGGAGGCGCUGCCUGCCUCCAAUCCAGAUCCGUAUGUCAAGCUUCUACUUGAUGCUAUGAAACAUUCAGGUUGUGCCGUGAACAGGGGAAGGCACUUUUCCUGCGAAGUCUGUGAUGGCAACGUCAGCGGAGGCUUUGAUGCGUCCACGUCUCAGAUUGUUUUGUGCGAGAACAAUAUCCGAAAUCAGGCACAUAUGGGCAGGGUUGUCACCCACGAGCUCAUUCACGCGUUUGACCAUUGCCGGGCCCACGUCCACUGGUUCACCAACGUCCACCACCUGGCGUGCUCGGAGAUCCGAGCUGCGAGCCUCAGUGGGGACUGCUCACUGGUGAACGAGCUUCUCAGGCUGCGUUUUGGAUUAAAACAACACCAUCAGACUUGUGUGCGAGACAGAGCUGUUCUGUCUAUCUUGGCGGUCCGGAACAUCAGCAGAGAAGAGGCCCAGAAAGCCGUGGAUGAAGUCUUCCAGGCCUGUUUCAAUGACCGAGAACCCUUUGGCAGGAUCCCGCAUAACAAGACGUAUGCCAGAUACGCUCACAGGGACUUUCAGAACCGUGGUCGCUACUACUCGAACAUAUGAGGACAGUGGUUGUCUGUCAGGAUCUUGAGGAACAUGAAGUUCUUCAACACAGAAUGUAUAGAAUAUAAACGAUCAGUUAGGCUCUGUGCAUAAAAUGCAGAACAUGCCGAUUUUAGCGUUUGCCUACAAAAAAAUGAAAUAACCGUGGUAAAAGGAACUCCUUAAACCACAAGGGGGAAAUGGGAUCUUUAUAGCUAACCAUUUAGUAAACAAGGAAAAUAAAUGGCAUUUUUGUAUUUUC